AUGUUGGUACGGGACUACACUAGGACACCCACAUCCGGUCUUAUACAAAAGGGGCAGAUUUGUCAGAAAAUCUGCGGUUCCAAGGACAAUCAAUGGAACGUUCUCCAAGAUAUUGAUGACUGGCUACAAGAAGAGUUCUAUGAUGAUGAGAACGAUUUGACUUUAUAUGGCAUGCCAUACAAGGGGAAGUGGAAAUGGCUGAAAGAUAAUGACUAUCAACUGCAAAAAAAUAACAUGCUUCCUUCCUAUCUAAAAGAUGCCAAUGAUGAGCUAGAACGAUUUAGGAAAGAGAGAGAGAUCAGAAGCCCCACCAAGAGGACAAGACCUGAAGACGAGCCUUCCCCUGCCUCACCUGCUACCAAAGUAAGCAAAAAGGACACCACUGGAUCUCGGUAUAUGGAUGUCAAUGAAUUUUCCAGAAGAUAUAACAACGGCAACAACAUUAGAUAA